AUGGAUGCUUUGUGCUCUCAGUCAUACUUCAAAAGUUCUGAAGGUCGUGAACCACAUUUGGAAAAAUGGAAAGAGAAGAUAGAGGUUGCAAAGUCAGAGAAAAUGAAAGGUGAAUUUUUGGAACAAGGGAGCCGGCUUCAAGCAGCAGAAAAACCAAAAAAAGACCUUCCCAGUAUGUUUCGUAGUCGCCGCCCGAGGUCGAGCAGAAGUCUUGAGGAGGAGAAAAUUAUUGCCCAAACGUUUGUUAAGUUUCUGGAGGACAACAAUCGUAAGGAAGACAUGUUUGUAGACGAAUUGAGGCAGAUAUACCAAGGAGAAUUUCGCCGUUUGUACGACACGCUGGGUAUGUCAUUCUCCAAAACUUUGAACACGCUCACGUACCAUAUAAAUGCUUGUCAGCAACUUCAAGAUCGUGUUAUCUUUGGUGGCGGAGAAGCCGCAGCUCUUCAACUCCUCACUGAUGAUUCUGAUGAUUCUGAUGAUUCUGUUGAUUCUGUUGAGGAUCUUUGGUACCUCUUGAUCCCUUUCUAUUGUAAUGUAUGUAAAAGAGAUCUUGGAGAUGAUAGAGCUUACAGCAAACACAUCGAAGGGGUGAAACAUCGCCAACAGUAUAUCCUCAUAACGAUUCGAAAAUCACUGAAAAAGCCAGAGCUUGUCUUCGACAAAAAUGGGAUAAGAGUUACUUCAGAUCCCGCUGCAGAUGAACAUGGUGUGAUCGAAUUGAAAGUGGAGAGUGGAAAAUACGGGCAAAUUGUGUUAAUCAUAGAGAACCUCAGUAAGGAGGACAUCACUCUGAAGGAUAUAACCCUACUAUGGAGUGUCAACUUUUUUGAUUACUCGGAAAUAUCCAAUAUUGGGUUUUUUGAGGGUCAGCUCCACCCAGGUUGUCAGAGGAGGUUCAGGAUUGGCUGCAAACAUCGCCGGGAGUUUGGUUAUUCGUAUGUUCCCGGUGUGCUUACAUUUCAGACCGAAGACGGGGUGGAGUUUCACAUCCUUAGGUUUUUUUCUGUGCGCAUCGUGAGUGACUUGUACGAUGACUUGAAGCAGACCUCAGAGUAUAAACCUCCCCAACGGGCAACAGAAAUUCCCAGGGAUGUUAAAACAUUUGAAGGGAUACCCCUUCCACGGUACAGUAUGGCAUUUUCUGCGUUGUUGAUUUUUCAGUUAUCGGUUUUUGAGAUUGUUCUUUUUCAUCAUCCGUCUGCGUUGGUCCACGGAAUACCUGAAGAAGUAUCACUGAAAUACUUUAAUUCAUUGAAAACGCUAGUAUGA